UCGUUUGAUUGUCCCGUAUGUCGUAACUCUGGAGAUCAGCAGAGUCCAAUUGUAACACUUUCCAACCUUCUGUGUUGACGUAGAGCGGCUUGUAUGCUGUAGGAGUCGUGUACCACAAAUGCUAUCCUCUCUUCGGCCUCUCACUCGAACGACUCGUUCACUUCUGGUUGUACAGCUUCGUUCUGUAAUGAAACAAACGAGACUGAGAGUUAUCGACAACAGUAUACCAACCACGACGUCAGCUCAAGACGCUCCAUACUGCAUCCACGUGUACGGAUCAAAGAAGGUGGCUCAGCUUGGUGACGUCAUAAAGAUGGCGUACAAGGGCAAGAUGUACAAGGCGGUUGUAGUGAGCGAUACGGGUUGCAGACAUGUACGAUUCGAUAACAAGAACAACGUGGUGGUCGUAGAUGACAACUUGUCGCCCGUGGGUACUAGAAUCACUGGACCGUUGCCUACAGAAUUGAGAGGAAAACCCGGACUUUCCAAGUUGUUAGCGAUAGCAAGUAGAUUUGUAUAGGGACAUUGAUCUUUAAAUUAAAAAAGUUAUGAUGCAUAUAAUAAAUGCAAUAAUUAAUUUGGUGUGUAGAAUGUAUGCCUUUGGCAUUAAAUGUGUAUUGUGUGGACACCUUGAUUUACCACUAGGGUUCCUACUAAAUGAUCAAAUUAGUAGCAAUCGAUAUCAAAGUGUCCAAUUUCUUUAUUACAAUUAGUUUACUGCGGAGACAUAUUUAUUACAUACUCAUUGACUUACAAGUAUCAAUGCGUAUGAUUAAUUAAGCAUAUGAUUAAUUAAUUAAGUAUAUGUUGCAAUGUAAUUUAUCUACAUCGGUUGUACAGUUGAA